AUGCUUCCGCCCUUACGUAUGAGGGGCCACACCAAGGUCAAAGAGAUGAACUACGACAACCGCUACAAGCCAUAUUACAGGAGAGCCGGGCUCUUGGGUUUCGUGCUCCAGUUCAAGCGUAUGCCGCCGAUGCUUGUCCACACGGCUCUCACAUCGUUGGUGGACCGUUGGCGGCCCGAGACACACUCUUUCCAUCUCCCAUGUGGUGAGAUGACGGUGACGCUCGAGGACUUUGCCAUGAUCACGGCCCUACCGAUCAAGGGCCAUGCUCUCAUUGGGUGCGUGGAUAAGAAGAACUGGCCGGACAGGGUUACCGCCCUCAUCGGCGACUGCCCUCCCAUCAAGAGUAACCGAACAUCCGGUGUAGCACUGGCAUGGCUCCUAGACCACCGGGCUGAAUGCCCGCAAGAUGCGGAUCCGAGGACCGUGGAGCAGUAUGCAAGGACCUACCUAUGGUUUCUUUUCACAGAGGUGGUCUUUCCUGACUGCUCGGGGGACAACGCCCUAUGGAUGUACUUGGACUUCCUGGCCGACUGGGAUGCAGGGUACAGCUGGGGGUCUGCUGGCCUCGUGUACCUCUACCGUUCACUGGAUGACGCAACACAGAGGACCGAGAAAACAUCUGGGAUGUGUGGGUGUGUCUGGGCCCUCUCGAUUUGGAGUUGGGAGCGGCUGCCGGUUGGUCGCCCUGAGAAGCUGCCACAGACAGAGUGGACGGAGUAUGGCGAGGAUGGCGACCGUUCUCGAUACCCUACUGUCGCCUAUUCUUGGGACAAGGUUAAGGUCUUCUCGGGCAAGGAAAGUGCGAUGUACAAGGCCUUCACCAAUGAGCUGGACAACCUGACAUCUUUUCAGGUUAACUGGUGGCUGUACCACGAUAGAGCUUGGGGGUUCGAGCUGAACGAGAUGUGCGAGCGGGACCGCCUUCUCUUCUGGUGCAUUGUCCCGCUGAUAUGCGUGUACGCCGUCGAAUGGCACCUACCACAACGCGUGGCGACACAAUUUGGCGUAUUGCAACACACACCACCAGCAAGGCCCCACGACACCGGCGGUUACGACCUUCACAAGAAGAGCAAUCAGUAUUCUCAGUCGAUAUUGGACUGGGCUGACGAGCACAAGUCUUUUGUGACAAUGUGGGACGAGAGGACGUUCCGCAAAGAUGGGGAGAGGUCAGGCAUUUGCUGGAAUGUGUAUGAGAGGCACAUGAAUUGGUAUGCGCCCCUUAUGAACAGAGUGGCCGCAGAGCUAAACAUGAACAUUUUCGACGGCUCGAAUGCGCUUAGUUCUGACCCUGGAACCAUGGAGGGUGACAACAAGCUGAGGGAAGCGACGAAGAAGAUCAUUAACCGUUGCCGCAAGCUAGCAGGCAUGCUUGGGUGCGCCGCCUUGGUUGACGUGCAUGUUCCUCCUCCUGGUGGGUCGACACGUGCCCUAGCUUCAUCAAGCCACACCGGAGGAGGUUCCUCGAGCCAUGCCGCCUCGUCGUCUCGCCUUGUUAACGAGACCGAGGAAGAAGAGGAAGUGGACGAGGAGGAAGAGGAAGAAGAGGGAGAAGAGGAAGGAGGUGACGACGAAGAAGGUGAUGAGGAGGAGUACGACGACGAUGAUGGACCUCAACUGACUCAGCCAACCCAGCCGGACGAGGGCCGCUCGAAGACAAACAAGGAGGAGCAUGCCGCCAAGAGGGGGAGGGGGAGGAACUAG